GACUUUUUAUUGCAAUGAUGAUUCUCCCUUUUGUUUGCCAAUGCCUGCUCAUUCUUCCUGCAUAGUCUUUUUUGCAACAAUAGCAAAUCAUUAUAUUAUCUCAUCGCAAGUAUGAUGGAAUAUACACUUUAUCCCUUUGAGGUCUCCCAUUCUCUUUUGCUUCUUCAGGUUUUUGGAAUUCUGCUGAGGAUGGCAUGGAGUGAAUGGGAGAGUUAGGGUCCCUACGACGCAUGAUUAUAGUUGAUACUUGGAGGCAGAUGCCUAUCUUGAUCACUUUUGACCUGGUCGAAUGAUCCUCCCUUUCUUGCAAAUCCGCACUCAUGAAAGGGAAGUCGCCCACCACUCCUUCAUUCGACUAUGUAUCAAUACUUCAAUGGAGUUAAAGGCCUGCUCAAUCUCGUAUCUGCGAGGGGUGAUAACUUGAGAGCUUUUUAAAUGUACUAGGUACCGUAUACAAGAUAAGGAUGUGUUCUACCCAGGCAGAUUUACAGCUUUAAAGUCUUUUCCAUGCCAUUCUAGUUCAGUAUUAAGUGCCCAAAUGCCAAAGUCUCAUCGCACUUUCCCCUGAUACGCAGUCGUACCAUAUCAAUCACUAUGACUACCAUGUUGAGACCUUCCCACAUCGACCUUCCUUCACAUUCAUGGUCUUCAUACUCAUAGAUAACUUCAAUUCGGGUUCAAACCUCUCUUCUCAUUCAACAUUUUCACAUCAAAAACCCUUCUACAAGCAAUCAACCUUCACUAUUGAUUCGCAUAGUUGCAUUCACCGAUUUAAUAUUCAUCUCAUAACGGAAACAUGGCUAUUAACGAAGAAACUUUCGAAGACCUCCGUAAAGAGAUCGAAAAACUACGCUCUGAGCAACCUACACUGAAUUCCCAUGAAAUAUGGGAACAUCUAGUCAAAAACUCGGACAGGCAGAAACCACUGGAAGAGAUCACGGUGGAAAUUUGUCUGGUAGCGUGUUUCGAUUACCCUGAGGAAGAGACUGUCAAAUUCAAGGCCACGAAAGCCAAUCUUGAAUAUAUGGAGAACGACGAUAAAUGUCUCAUGGAAUUUCUUAAGAAUAGAUUCACUAGCACCAAACCUAUACAACCGGCUACAAAAAGUACACAGUCUGAAUCCGAAGAUAUACAGUCUGACUCCAAAGAUACAGAGUCUGAAUCCGAAGACAUACAGUCUGAAUCUAGAGAUAUACACCUCGGCGCUGAAUAUACAAAAUCAGGUUCCCGACAUACAGCGUUGGAGAUCGAUCAGUGGAUUUCAGUACGCGGAAAUCUUGCUCUCCAAGUACUUAGAGAUAUCAAUCCUGGACGAUCAUAUAAUGAUAUAGACCAUAAACUAUUGUUUCGACGCAUUCAAGCGCUAACCUCAAGGCAGCCUAAACUGAGCUCUCGUGAAAUUUGGCGACGUCUUAACGAGGAGCCAGGCAGCCAGAAUUCACUGGAAGAAGUCGUUGUAGAGGCUUGGCUGCUAGUGGCGUUUGAUUAUCCCAUAGAGAAAUUAGUCCAAAUCAAGGCUCAUGAGCACCAGGUGCGGCAGUACGAAGAAGAUCGACUGAAUAAGGACCUAUCUGCUAAAGAUUUUAUUAGAAAAUGGUAUGCUUUUCUCAUGUCCAACCCCAACUUGAGGAAAAGAGUCGAAGAUUUAGAUACAAGGGUUCUUGUAGAGAUCCAUGAUCUAUGGUUCCAUAACCGUGAUUCAAGCUCUCGUUGGAUUUGGGGAGAGCUGAAUAGGAAACCAAAUGGCCUAAUGCCAUUGAAAGAAAUAGUUGUAGAGGCUUGUUUGGUAGCAAAUGGUUAUCUCUUGGCGAACACCAUCCAGUUGAAGAAUCAAGAAAACCGGUGGUGGCAGGAAACCGAAAUUUUACGAUAUGAAACCAAAGAUGGCACUUUUUUAGCCGCGAGAUUAGGUGAAGGAAUGGAGUCUAUGGCGCUAUUUGACAACAAGCUGAACCUUAAAAAGGUUGUUAAAGACAUUAAAGAGCUGCGACGUCGUCAACCUACGUUAAGUCCUCGUCAGAUAUGGGUCGAUCUCGACAAACCAAACUAUUGGCCGGCACCAUUGCUAGAAAUCGCGGUAGAAGCCUGCUUGAUCAAAUUUUGUGGCAUUCGUCCUGAAGAUACCACACAACUUGAAUCGUUAGAUUAUUACGAAGUGCCUGGGAAGAGGUUCCUAGAUAGGGUCUUGGAUUAUUGUUUUGGCUCGCAUAAGCUCGGAGACGCCAGCUGUGCAUGCUGUGGCUCUGCAAAGAUCGUAGAGAAGAGUGAGAUCGAACAUUAUCGAAAGAAUGGAAGAGUGAAGGUGGACCCUAAGACCACUCGAGCAGUUGGGUUAUUAAGGAUCAUGCUCGAUACAAAGUAUACUAUCAGAAGCUUCUUACCAAUAAACACACCAACGGCUUUGGCUAUUAUGCCAUAUCAGGAUAUGAAUGCUAGUCAGCGAGUUUACGCCCUAUUUUACGCUGAAUGGGAUGCAUGGAUGGGACCAUCACGUCCAAUUCAUCCUCCAGUCGAUUACGUCGCAGGCGCUGAGAAAACUGCUAUCGUUGAUUCAGGCGCCUAUCCUAAUUGUCAAGAUGAACUUCCAACAUGGACUCCAGAAAGCCCUAUGAGUUUUGAGGUACAUGUACAAUGCGCAUUAAUAAGCACAUGUUGGGGAUACCGUGGUUCAAUUGACUGGCUGACGUUCGCUAUGAAACGAACACGAGACCCGGAUACAAUCAAGAUGAUUAAUAGUGUUUUUGCCGGAUUCUUUGGUCUUAAAAUGUAUCAUAUGGGGGGUGGCUUUAUCGAAUAUCACAAUUGGCACAAUGAUUGGUUCCAUUCCUUUCGAGUUUCCCAUGGAAUUGUAGCAUUUGUGAGGGAGAAAGUGAAUUCUCCAGAGGUGAUGUGGGCGGAGAGAGAUGAAGAGGGGAAGUACACAGCACAUUACGAGCCCCGUCUAAUGCCAAUAGGAGUAUCAACACCGGUGCUUAAAGCAAGGGAUAAAGUAGCACCGCCCGGUUGGGACUUUGAAACUUUUGGUCAUGGACACUGGACAUCCUCCAAUGAUUAAGAUUCUAACGUUCAAUUUGGUCCAAUUUUUGUAGAAACAGUUGUGGUGUGUACAAAACCGGCUCGCUGUGUAUAUUUCUUACGCUCUCUUUAUGGUACAUUGUUUUCAAGGGGUUCUGUAUAAAUACCAGGAACCUCGAUUAAUCAAACGAGUUUAACAAUUACACAUCGUGUUUCUAUUGCGUGCGAUGAGAUUUGUGUAUUUGGGAAUAGCUUCAAUUCAUAAUAUCUAU